AUGUCACCUUCAAAGGAAGCUGCUCCUCUUUCUUCUUCCUCAUUGUCUUCUCCCUCAUCUUCCGCGCCGUCUUUUUGUUCAGCCAGUGCCCCAGGGAAUGCUCUGGAUGGCUUCUCCCUACCUCAGGUGACAGCUAACAACCUGCCCUCACAGGUCUUAAGAGGUCACUCCAGCCCUUCCACUCCAAUCUUUCUGAGGCGUGCCAGAGCCCAAGGGUUACCCAAGGACAUGCCCCUGUAUCUGCCUCACGGCCAAAUGCUGGAGCGGGCAGAGUACUGCAUGGUGAGGCCCGGUGGAGAUGGCCUCGCCAGCCCCCAGCCGCCCAGCCUUGCAGAGAUGGCUUCUGAUGGGUGUCAGGAAGCAGAGGCCCCUCUUGGGGAUACCAGAAGCAUCCGCAGAGGCCCUCACCCCACUGGAGGGAAAGACAGGUGCUUCCCAGACCAAGAGCUAUCUCCCAGGGCUGGAGAGGACCCAGGAGAAAAGAACACUGGACCCAGAAGGGGAGAGGAGGACGGGUCAGAGCUGGAAGAGGGGAAGAAGCUGGGCUUGAAGAAGUUAGUCCUCAUUCCGGAGCAGAAGACAAAGCUGCUGGACUGGAACCAUUCCAUCCCUGAGAGUAUGAGCCUGGAAGCUGGGGCACAGUCUGCCCAGAGAAGUACUGACAAUGGUAGGGGAGGCUGUGUGCUGAAACCAGUUAGUCCCUUGCUGUUCUCCCGGACAGCGAGAGAGACCCCGCCCACCCAGGGAAGGGCUCAGGAGAAGACAGGGACCCCAGCUGAACGGGCUCCACCCAAGUCCCCACUUCGGCUCAUAGCAAAUGCCAUCCGAAGGUCCCUGGAGCCCCUCCUCCCCAACUCGGAAGGUGGGAGGAAGGCCUCUGCCAAGCCAGAAUCAAAGACUUUGCCCACCAGCCAGCCGCAUGCUUGCACUCGCUCCUUCAGCCUUCGCAAAACCAGCUCCAAUAAAGACGGCAACCAGCAGUCCCUGGGGAAAGACAUGGCGAGCAGGGCCUCAGCCUUCUUCACCUGGGGCUCCCCACCUGCCAGGGCUGCCCAGCCCUCGUACCCUGGCCCUCCUGACCUUGCCCUCCGCACCCGUAGUUUGCCCGACCGACCGUCCAAGGUGUUUCCUGCACUCAUGACCCCGCCCUGCCACAAGAUGGAAGAUGUCCCCACACUCCUUGAGAAAGUGAGUUUGCAAGAGACCUCCCCAGAUGCUUCUAGGGCUCCAAAGGGAAAAAUCUCGCUCUUUCCCUCCUUCAGACUCAAAGACAAAUCUUUUGAGAGUUCCCUCCAAGAAUCCAAACAAAGAAAGGACCUCCAGGACCUCUUUAGCACCCCCAGGGGGGCGGGGGAGCCGGCGGACAGCGCCCAGCCCCUGGAGAAGUUGGCACAGCCUUUCAGUAGCACCUGCCUGGGGCAGAGGGUCCAUCCUCCUUCUCCAGACAAAGAUGCAAGUCCCAAACACAUCCCUAUCCGAGUGCAGGUGCCAGGGGCCGCCUCUUCUACCUCCUCCACCAGCCCCUCCUCUGCAGAUGAAGAUUUUCAUCCCCAGCCUUCCUUACGAUCAAAGGAGAGGAAGACACUCAGAAGAAGAAGGAAGCUGGAGAAAGCAACAAAACAGUUGGUUAAGCAAGAAGAAUUGAAAAGACUUCAUAAAGCUCAGGCCAUCCAGAGGCAGCUGGAGGAGGUGGAGGAGCGCCAGAGGGCUUCAGAGAUCCGAGGCGUGAGGCUGGAGAAGGCGCUGAGGGGAGAAGCAGAUUCAGGCACACAAGAUGAAGCACAGCUUUUGCAGGAAUGGUUUAAGCUGGCUCUGGAGAAGAAUAAAUUAAUGCGAUAUGAGUCGGAGCUACUGAUCAUGGCCCAAGAAUUAGAAUUGGAAGAUCAUCAAAGCAGACUGGAACAGAAGUUAAGACAGAAAAUGCUCAAGGAGGAGAGCCAGAAAGAUGAGAAUGAUCUGAAUGAGGAGCGAGAAAUAUUCAGCGAGAUGAUGCAAGUGAUUGAACAAAGGGACAGACUCGUGAACUCCUUGGAGGAACAGCGCAUAAAAGAAAAGGCUGAAGACCAGCACUUUGAAAGCUUCAUAUUCUCCAGGGGCUGUCAGCUGAGCAGGACAUGA